UAUUGUUGUUCCCUUUUAUAUAUUAGUUGAGAACAGAUUGAUAUGUUUAUUUUCCCAAGAGACUAAAGAUAGAUGAGUUGACUCAAGGCUGAUAAGUAGGAGUGACUGCAUUACUAACUUGGCUACUACUUACUACUUUAGAGAAAUUCCAACCGACACCUUUUAUGAUGUGGGCAGGAUGAUGUCCCUUCAUUCUUUCCUUAAAGUUAUAAGUGUUCUGACUGCAUAUAUGAAUAUUGAGAAUAAUUUGAAAAGAAACUGCUGGCUUAUAAUGCGAAUAUAUGGAAAAAUAUGAUUGAUGGUUGAUUUCUCUUACUGGUCAAAUUGAAUGUUAUAUUUUGUUUCUCCACAAAGGCUGUCUCUAAACUAUGAACUUAUAUAAAUAUUGCUAAUACACGCCUUCUCAGCAGUUAAGGAUGUACCUUGUCUCUACACAAUGAAAGAUAAUCUACAGAUGCUGAUAAAAGCAUCAGCCUCCUGGGACCUGGAUGAUACGGCUGGCUGAGGGGUCAACCUGGUGUCACGAGCGUGGGCGAGGGCCAUAUCUAGGACUCCCCUGGUUCCAGCAGCUGGGAGCAGGCCUUCCCAACCCACACUCACACCACAUCCCCGGAUGAGAUAACGACCCGCAGCCAAGUAACAGUUCUUCUCAACCCUAUAAAAAACCACAACCACCGCAGGGGAAAACCUAGCUCCCCUUACUAUUGUAAUUUCUGCUGGAGAUCUGGAGGACUGUUGUUUUGUUAAGUAUGACAAGAGUGGUUUGGCAAAGCCACAUGCAUUCUCAUCGCAGGCUUCAAGAUGAGACAACCAGUCCCACAAAUGACGUGUGUGGCUGACCCUCAUGAUACUCGUCCAGUUGUGGAGGAGACAAAGCAAACACCAGCUGCGGACAAACCUCACUUGGGAAGUGAAGUUGCUUUGUCUUAUACUUGUACCCCAAUUGAGUCAUGCUUUUUUUUUCUGGUAAUGUUACUCUGCAUGGUAAAAUAUAUUAUGUUACUAUUUUUAGGGACACUGGUGUUACUGGGUCAUUACUUAUCAGUCCUACGGCUAAACCACUGGAGAGUUGUGAAAGUAUUAUGAUAAGAGGAGUUGCAGGAUUUGAUACAUUACCAAAGGUAACCAUUGAUCUUAAUUGUGAUCUAGUGAAGGCAACAGCUGAUGUGGGCGUAGUUGAUAGUCUACCAGUUCCAGUAUUGACCUUUUUAGGGAAUAAUAUUGCAGUUGCUAAAGUUUCUCAUCCCAUUGUAACUAUUGAGCCUUUAAAUAUUACUGAAACUGUAGCAUUGGAGAAGCAGAAUCCAGAUGUUUUUAAUGUAAGUGCUGUAACUCGCACAAUGGCGAAGGUGUUGGAUUCUCUUCCUGAGAUUGUGGAGGACAAUGAAAUGAGUGAGAAUGAUGAGAGUAGUAGUGUGGAGUCUGAGGUGUCAGAAGGUGAUGUGGCUCGUUUGUUUUAACCUUCUUCACCUAUUCUCUUCAGUGAUGUUGAUACGAAUAAGUUUAAAGAGCUACAGAUGAAUGAUCCACAAAUUGUACCACUUAAAAACACUGCAGUGGAGGAAAAUUUACUUUAAAAUGCAAGUGGUGUUGUGUUUUAUGAAAAGUGGUUUAUAAUGGAGGAGAUAUAGACUUCCUCAUGUUAAUGUUGAUGACGGGGCAUGGGAUUCUCAUCAGCUUGUAGUCCCACAGCAAUGCCUCCGUCAGCUGCUAGAAAUGGCACAUUCUGGACACCUUGGAGUUCGCAAGACCUUGCAACAGCUCAGAGACCACUUCUACUGGAAACACAUGAAGGCGAACGUCGCUCACUUUGUCAAGGAGUGUCACCCCUGUCAAGUGGCUGGAAAGCCUAAUCAGCCAGUGCCCAUGAGUCCUUUGAACUUGUACCUGUUAUGAAAAACCCCUUUGAGAGGAUUCUACACCUUUAAUGAACUUCAAAUACCAUACAUAUAUACAAACAUAUACAAACAACAAUGUGAACUAUGCACGGUGGCUUCCAACACACCUGUUAGAUAUAAUGACCUUGGAGGAGCGACACCCACAAAUUGCCGAAGCUUGCCAGGAAGUUUGUUGUGCACAAAUCCGACAGAGAUUUCUCAGCAAUGGCAAUCGACCAAGCACAUGAGCAAGCCAACGCGGUGGAGCAGUCGGAAUCACUGAAGAUCCCUCAACAAUAAGAAGAUGGAUGGUUGCUGGCCCUGCAGUGUCACAGCUUGUUGCGCAGUAUGAAGAGACGUCAGAGUUGAGGGAAGUGUUAAAGCAGACGGAACAUCUUGAACAGAUUCCCAGUGACCAGAGAAGCUUUCUGUAGAAGGUCCGAAGGUUGACAAACACACUGGAGGAAAUGGGCAAUCCAUUUCAAGAAGAAACAGGCGAUCUGCUCAGCCUGGACACCAAGGAUAUAGCAUCCUCAGACAGUGCUGUAAGGAUUGCUACUCACCUUUCCACUGGUAAUGCAUCCUUUGAGGCACGCUUAGAGGCACUAGAGCAUGAAGAAACCAGUUCGUUCUAUGCACCGAUCAAGAAGACAAAGAUGGACUUCUUCCAACAAGAAAAGCUCCGCACUAUUGCAAAGGAGAAGGUACUGAAGGAAGACUGUCAACUCCUCGAAACUGUUCAUUUCCUGCCAGAACAGAGAAUGCGAUCUACACGAAUUCUUCCGCCACGAUAAUCAGCCAUUUCCAGCAUCUCUUAGUGACGGAGGGAGGUUGCAUGUCUGCCAGAAAUCACAGCUAGCUGUCGUGCUGGAGGGCAUGGUUACACUCCCUGAUGCACAACUUGUGAUUGAUGUCAUUAGCAUUGAUGGUUCAGCUCUUAUCAACACGUUGCCACCAAGAAUGUCAAAGACAUUUGCAAAGUAUGCUGAGAUGGAAUUAAUUCCCAAGGUCGAUGCAUUUUCCAGAAAGUACCAUAGAACUGACAUUGUGUUCCACACAUACCAGGCAUCGAGUCUCAAAUCCGAAACUAGAUCAAAACGAGGUCAGGGAGCCAGACGCCGGGUCACAGGGACAGGGAAAUUACUGAGAAACUGGCGCAACUUUCUGCGUCAUUCUGCUAACAAAACUGAACUGUUUGCCUACCUGGCUGAGAAAGUGGUAGAACACCAUAGUGAAAACAGAAUCAUCGUUACUAGAGGUCCAGAUGCCCUCAGCAACCAUCCCAAGUUUAGCCUCAGUGGGAUAUCACCCUGCAGUCACAAGGAAGCUGACACAAGAGUCUUCCUACAUGCCAAGGAUGCAGCAAAGGGGGACUUCAAAACAGUAAUGAUCAGUGCCAAUGACACAGAUGUCUUUGUGAUCGCAGUUGCCACUUUCUCGCAAUUACAGGAACUGAGACUUCAGGAACUGUGGCUAGCUUUUGGCCAAGGAUGGAAUCUGAAGUGGAUCCCAGUGCAUGAGCUGACCACAUCCCUCGCUCCAGAGAGAAGUAGUAGUAUGCUCUUCUUCCACGCUUUCACAGGUUGUGACACUGUGUCUGCAUUCCGCGGACAUGGCAAAAAGUCAGCCUGGCAGACAUGGGAUGUGUGCCCUGAGGCUUCAGAUGUCUUCACCAAACUGAGCUGCUAUCCUGCAGACGUUGAAGAAUAUGACACUGUGAUGUUGGAGAAGUUUGUCGUCACGAUGUAUGACCGAUCCAGUUCAACUGAAGCUGUUGAUGAUGCACGACUGGAACUGUUUGCCAGGAAGCAGAUAUCCUACCAAGCUAUUCCCCCAACUCGAGCAGCUCUUGUUCAGCACAUCAGACGUACUGCAUACCAGGCAGCAUGUAUGUGGAGUCAGGCUUUGGUGUGCCAGCCUGAAGAGGAGAGUCCUGCUGAAUGGGGAUGGAAACAAGGAGACUGCUGGAGCAUCCUAUGGUCUGCACUCCCACCAGUUGCUCAGAGUUAUUUUAGCAGCUGACGAAAUGCCAGUGCAAGACGCAGUGUCACGGACGGUGCAAAUGUUACAAGUAUGGUUUGAGCUGUACGGCCAUGUGCAGCUGCAGUUGCUCAGAAUAGUGUUUACAUGUGGUAAAAACAUUGUUUUGUGUUUUUUUAAUGAUUUUUAGAGCCUUGAAUUUGUCAUAAUUGAAUUAUACAUUGCCAAAAAUGUAAGAAAUGGUGUUAAUAUCAAAAUCGAUU